GUGGCAUUUUUCCUACGCAGGCGGCCAACACGUCUGUAAGCCCUUGCUUUACUUCGACGGGUCGUCUCUCUGGUUCUUUUCCUCUCACUCUCUCAUCCUGAUUCCGCUUAUCUCGCGAUGGAUGAAGAAUACGAUGUAAUAGUGCUCGGAACCGGACUGAAAGAGUGCAUCCUCAGUGGUCUUCUCUCCGUUGAUGGCCUCAAGGUUUUGCACAUGGACCGCAAUGAUUACUAUGGCGGAGAGUCAACUUCACUUAAUCUCAUUCAGCUGUGGAAAAGGUUUAGGGGGAGUGAUAAACCGCCAGCACAUUUAGGUCCUAGCAGAGAUUACAAUGUUGACAUGAUCCCAAAGUUCAUGAUGGCAAAUGGCACUUUAGUUAGAGUACUCAUACACACGGAUGUUACGAAGUAUUUGUCUUUUAAAGCAGUAGAUGGGAGCUACGUCUAUAACAAAGGAAAGGUGCACAAGGUUCCUGCAACUGACAUGGAGGCACUGAAGUCUCCAUUGAUGGGUUUGUUCGAAAAACGCCGAGCAAGAAAAUUUUUCAUAUAUGUGCAGGAUUAUGAUGAGACAGAUCCAAAAACACAUGAGGGAUUAGACCUAACAAGAUUGAGUACUAAAGAGCUGAUUGCGAAAUAUGGCCUGGAUGACAACACGGUGGACUUUAUCGGUCAUGCGCUGGCACUGCACAGAGAUGAUAAAUAUCUAGAUGAACCAGCUCUAGAUACUGUAAAACGAAUGAAGCUUUAUGCAGAGUCUCUAGCUCGUUUUCAAGGAGGAUCACCAUAUAUUUAUCCUUUAUAUGGCUUGGGGGAGCUUCCGCAGGCUUUUGCACGCCUUAGUGCUGUUUAUGGUGGCACAUACAUGUUGAACAAGCCUGAAUGCAAGGUGGAAUUUGAUGAGGAAGGAAAAGUUUGUGGUGUGACAUCAGAAGGUGAAACUGCAAGAUGCAAGAAGCUUGUUUGUGAUCCUUCUUACCUACCUAACAGGGUCAGGAAGGUUGGGAAGGUUGCAAGAGCAAUUGCUUUUAUGAGCCAUCCCAUCCCAAAUACGAAUGACUCUCAUUCAGUGCAGGUUAUACUGCCCCAGAAGCAGCUUGGGCGCAAGUCUGAUAUGUAUCUUUUCUGUUGUUCUUAUACGCAUAACGUGGCCCCAAAAGGAAAGUUCAUUGCUUUUGUUUCAACUGAAGCUGAGACAGACCGUCCUGAGUUAGAACUUAAGCCUGGAAUUGAUCUUCUUGGCCCGGUGGAUGAGCUAUUUUUUGAUACCUAUGAUAGAUUCGAGCCUGUCAAUGAACCAUCGCUAGAUAAUUGCUUCAUCUCAACUAGUUAUGAUGAUACCACACAUUUUGAGUCAACCGUAAUGGAUGUGCUUAGCAUGUAUAGAAUGAUUACUGGAAAGGACGUUGAUUUGAGCGUAGAUCUCAGCGCUGCCAGUGCUGCUCAGGAGUAUUGAUGUCUUCCUUUUUCUGCGCUUCUUUUAAACUCCACAGGAUAGUACUCAGAACGAUGUUUGCUUUAUUUUCCUGCUAUUUUACUUUGCUUAUGCCAUAACCCCUACUAACAAUUAUUUCUAAAAGAUUUGACCAAUGCAUUAAAGCAUUUAUUUGCAUCA